ACCGGAAAAUGAUCUCAUUUGCAUUUGGUUGUCUUCGAUUUUCCCGGAAUUUUUUCCCAGAUUCCCAACCUAACAUCCUCAUAUUACUAUUCUCAUCGCUGCUUUUUCCUUUUCACCACUGUACUAAUUGGUCUUCUUCUUCGUCUGGCCUCAUCCAAUUUUGUUGACGAAAGAGAUUUUAGGUUAUGCCAGCAGAGUCCAACUUUUGGUGAUCCAAGCGAUUGCAUUGAAUUGAAGUUACUAAAUAUUUCCCAAAGAGUGGAACACGGUGAGUUUUGGGUUCAUUAUGCUAUAUUGGUCUUAAUUCAGAGGUAUAAUGUUGAAUAAGCUAGAUAGUAGGAAGAGUUUUAGUGAUAAUCAUCCCGGGGAUUCAAGUAAUGGCCAGUUGUUGCGAGACAUUGAGGAAAUUAGCAAAGCCCUUUAUUUGCCAAAACCCUCUCCUAAUGAAGUUCGAUCCAAAUCAGCUGGAAGAAUCCGUUUGUCGGAAUCAAAAUCGGAUUUAAACCUGAAAAAUGUGUCUUAUAAGGACAAGAAAUCGUCGUCGUUAUGGAAUUGGAAGAAUCCUUUAAAAGCGCUUACUCACAUUGGCAACAAGAAGUUCUAUUGUUGUUUUUAUCUUCAUGUCCAUUCAAUUGAAGGGUUGCCCUCCAUUUUCGAAAAUCUUAGUCUGUGUGUGCAUUGGAAGAAGAAGAAUGAGGCGAUUCAGACUUCACCGUCAAGAGUUUCUCAGGGCGUGGCUGAAUUCGAUGAAACUUUGAUGCAUAGAUGUUCUGUGUAUGGUAGUAGUGGUGGGGCCAACCAUCCCAUGAAAUAUGAUUCCAAACUUUUACUCCUAUAUGCUUCUCUUGUUGAGAAUCCUAGUCUGGAUAUUGGAAAGCAAUGGGUUGACCUCACCAGCUUCUUACCGCGUACUAUGGAGGAGUUGGAAGGGGAGAAAAGUAGUGGUAAGUGGACAACCAGCUUUAAUCUUUCGGGGAAAGCUAAAGGUGCUAGUCUAAAUGUCAGUUUUGGAUUCUGGGUAAUGAGAGAUAAACUAGUUAAAUUGAGUAGUAAUUCGAAUUAUCCUGAACUUUUGAAUGUGUCGCGUAAUAGGUUGAGUACAAUAGAUGAUGGUGUUGACUUGGUUCCUAGCAAUUAUAACAGGACGCUUCCACGAGUUCGCAGCAUUACUAGUUCUGUCAGUUAUGAGCCUGACUUCUUGUGCCAGUCUCUGGAUAUGAAAGUUUGUCAUGAAGUAUUGCUCAGAACAGGAUUGGAGCUUUCAAAGUCUAUAAAUUGUUUAUAUCAGAAACUUGAUGAGGGGAACUUGUGCAUUUCAACUGAUUCAGCUUCUCAACAGCUGGAACAAUUCAAACCUAAGUUUGAUUAUGACUUUGUGUCUUCUGGAGAAAUGGAAGACAAUGACUGUGAAAUUACUGAAUUUAGCAUUACUGAAAUGGGGACUGAAAUGUCUGAAAAAGACGAGUCGACAUGGGAUCAAGGUGCUGAUCUGUUUAUUGAACCUAUAUUUGAGGCGACUGAGACAAUCAAUGUGAAUGAGAUCAUUAAGGGUAGUGACACAGAUCUUUAUUCUGAGGACAACAGCUGUAUGAGUUGUGUUGAAAAGAUUCUGGUGGAUGCUAGGAAAAAUGAAACACAAAGCAAUUGUACCAAUGAAUUGACCAAAGAAGAGCUGGAGUCAGCGCGCAUUAGUCAGUUGAUUGCGGAAUCAGCAAAUUUGGACCCAAUAGACUUUGGAGGGUACAUUGAGCAAGAAAGCCUCAUGGAAGCUAAAUCAAACAACAAAGCAAGUAGAUCAGUUAAACGAUCAUUUAGCUUGGAUGAUGUUGCUGAAUCUGUGGCAACUGAUUUUUUGAAUAUGCUAGGAGUUGAUGAUGAAUUAUAUACAGAAAAUUUUUAUAGUCAGCCAGAUUCCCCAAGAGAGCUUCUUUGGAGACAGUUUGAAAAAGAGGCUAUAGAUUCAGGCAACUUCAUUCUUGAUUUUGAUGCAAAGCAAGAGGAGUCAGAAUUUGGCUGCAGUAUUUCACCCAGGUUUAGCUGUCAGGAUUACUCCGAGGAAUCUGAAUUGUCUUUGAUAGUUCAAGAUGCCGAAGAGGAGCACAAGAGAAGUGAGUUAUUAAACAGAAGGAAGGCAAAAGUUCUUGAAGACAUAGAAACUGAAGUUUUGAUGCGAGAAUGGGGAAUAAAUGAGGAGGACUUUCAAAACUCUCCACAUAGUUAUUCCGGUGGAUUUGGUAGUCCAAUUGAGCUUCCUCCUCAAGAGCGACACCUACUACCUCCACUUGAAGAAGGCUUUGGUCCUUAUGUUCAGAUGAAAAAUGGAGGCUUUCUCUGCACUAUGAAUCCUUUGCUUUUCAGGAAAGCUAAAAAUGGUGGGAGCUUAAUUAUUCAAGUUUCCGAUUCAGUUGUCCUACCUUCAAAAAUUGGCCACGAUGUUAUGGAGAUUUUGCAACAUUUGGCUUUUAGUGGAGCCAAUAAGUUGUAUGCUCAAAUCAGUAAAUUAAUGCCUUUGGAGGAUAUUACUGGGAAGACAAUAAAGAAGGUAGCAUGGGAUACCCCUCCAAUCUCAAUGGCACUUCAAAGGAAAUUUCACUCGCAGCAUGAUCAUUUUGGAAGGAAGGGAGGUUAUGAAUAUCAAUCAGGUUUGCAACAUAAUGAUAUCAAAUCAGGCUUUACUGGUGGUGAGGUACAUUUGGAAUUUGCAUCUCUUGAAGAUGUUUCAUCGUUGGUUGUGAAUAAGAUUGAUACCCUCAUACUGGAAGGCUUAAAAGCUCAGUCUCACAUGUCAGAUGAGGAACCGCCUUCUUGUAUUUAUCCACAGAUUACUGGGGAGAUAUCGUCCUCUGGAGGUACGAACAGGUUUCUUAAUUCAGAUGUUGGAGCAUUAAAACUUUGGGAUGUAAGAGAUGAUGGUAACAACAUUAGUGACUUAGUUGACUUGUCUGUUAAAUUGGAUGAGUGGUUGAGGUUGGACGCUGGAAUCAUUGGUGAUGAAAUUGAGAAUGUUAACAAGGACAUAUUAAAAAUCCUUGCUGCCCAUCAUGCCGAGUGCAUAGAUUUAGAUAGUGGGAGUUUGAAACAAGACUUCAACUGGCACGAAGUAUCUGGGAGAAGGUGUGGAAUGUUGGGAAACAACAUCACAAUAGCUCAUUUGGUACAACUUAGGGAUCCCCUUAGGAACUAUGAGCCUGUGGGGGUCCCAAUGCUUCUUUUGAUUCAAGUGCGGAGGGAAGAACAAGUUCACCCAGUAGUAGAUGAGGUGUCAGGGAUAAAGAAAAAUCAGACAGUUAAAGACGGGGAAGACAGUCCCCGGUUUCAAAUCACUGGUACCCACCUUGCUGGUGUAGAUACUGUUCCCUUCAAUAAGCAACUCUGGGGCACCACAGCACAGCGGCAGUCUGGGUCCCGUUGGCUUCUUACUAGUGGUAUGGGAAGAAAUGGUGGAUAUAAAUCCAAGUCCAAGGCGAUCGUUAAAUCAUCCCCACUUGGGAUAUCAGCAAAUGUGCAGCCUAGGGAUAUCUUAUGGAGCAUCUCAUCAAAUGUUAAUGAGCUGGGAGCUACCUGGAAUAAUUCGGUAAGUCCACAAACCCGAAACCCAGAUGUUAUAUUUCAAACUGAAACUAUAUCAGACCAUAGGUAACUCCAAUUUAAUAUUUCUAUGAAUGGAGUCCUCUUCUGGUGUAUAGAAACUUGUUCAUGGAAUAAAAACAGAGAAUACCACUUAUUUUGACCUUUUCUCAACUUUAACCCAAGAUUCUUGAAGGUUUAAAGUAUGCCAAAACUGUGCAACCUUUUGUGGAUAAGAAUUUGUUGAAGAGAUAUGUUGUAGUUAUGAUUUCAAUUGAUUGAUAUGCCGAGCCAAUAAAAUGUAAUGGCUGAUUCUUUUUGCCUUUUAUUUUGUAAAACUGUUUGUUUUUUUUCAUCUUAGCCUUAAUGGUUAGUGGAAUUUGUUUGGCUUGUUCCUGUGAUUGUUAAAGAAAAGUAUUAAAGUACAAAUUUGGCUGCUUAA